GAUGAAAUAAGAAAGUAACAUUCAAAUUUUAUAAAAUUAAGUGAAAAUGGAUGAUGAAUCAAUUAUUAAGUACUUUUUAAAUAUUGUUGAUAACGACAAGGAUUUAUCUAAGGGAAUUGCUGCAAUUAAAACACUCCUUUUAGUCUUGGAAAAGUCAAACUUCUGCACGAUUCAGGAGUUGGUGAAUACAAUCAAGUCAGCAAUUGGGGUCUUAAAAAAGAGUGGAAGACCAAUUACAUCAAUUGCUAGUUCCUGUGAACUAUUUAUGUGCUUCAUCCUGACUAUUUCAUCUCCCAAAGUUGAUAGAUUUACGAUGGACGAAGUUAAAAAGAUAAUGACGAAUAGAGGUCAGACAUUCCUUAAAAAGCUAUUAUGUAGUCGAGAUGUAAUUGCUAGACAUGCUGUUGAUUUCAUAACUGAUGGCUGUAGAAUUCUUACAAUUGGCAAGUCUAGGGUCGUUUAUGAGGCACUGAAGCUAGCAGCAUCACAGAACAAACACUUUCAUGUCUAUGUCACAAUGAGUUCUAUUGACAAUGAAGGCUUUCAAAUGGUCGAAGAUCUGAAAACGCUCAAUAUAGAUUCAACUCUCAUACUCGAUGCUUCUAUUGGCUAUAUAAUGGAGAGCAUUGAUUUUGUCUUUUGUGGCGCAGAAGGAGUAAUGGAAUCUGGAGGAAUAAUCAAUCGAAUCGGAACGUAUACAACAGCUUUAUGUGCUAAGGAAAUGUGCAAACCAUUUUAUGUGCUGACAGAAAGUUUCAAAUUUUCACGUCUAUAUCCAUUGAAUCAAAAAGAUUUACCGAACAAUUAUAAUUAUAUCCAGAAAAGUAGUGAUGGAAGCAACUCAAGAAAUGCACAUCCUCUUGUUGACUAUACACCUCCACUUUUUAUUACUUUAAUUUUUACUGAUUUGGGGAUUUUAACACCUAGUGCUGUUAGCGAUGAAUUAAUCAAAUUAUAUUAAAAAAUGCA